AUGAUGCAGUCACUACGCUUCAUUUCUGCUGAGGCCUUGGCGUCCCACCCCCAGGUGGCCCGGCAGAGCCUGGGCGGGGUGGCCCACAACCUGUACCCGCUGCUCUUCAAAGCCAGCUACUUGCUGGAGCAGGCGGAGGUGAUCCGCGUUCUGCUGGAGCACUGGCCGCUGGAGGAGUUCCGGCUGGGUGCUCUGCUGGGCCCCAGCGCAGACCACCCUGGGGACCUGCGGGACCGGGCCUGCAGGGCCUGCCUGGAGGCCUGCGUGCGCGGCCUCGCGGACCACACGCUCUGGGGCGGGGGCCGGCGGCAUCUGCGGGUGGCCGACCUCACGGGCAUCCGAGACGUGCAGGUGCAGGGGUGUCCCUGUGGGAGGGCGCUGGGCAGGUGGGGCCGCACCAAGCUGCUGGCCAGGACCUGCUGCGAGCUGCAGGCGGAGCCCCGUGCGGCCCGCCGCCCCGUAGAGGUCCUCGCCGACAUCUUCGUCACCGGGGGCAACUUCGACUUGGUGGUGCGGGCCCUGGGGCCGGAGGGUCCCGCCCCACUGCGCGUGCGCUGCCUCUCCUUCCGGGCCGACAGCCUGGGCCCCGGGCAGCUGCUGCACGUGCUGCGUCUGGCGGGGCCAGGCGAGCUGCGCCGGCUGGAGGUGGUGCACAACGUGCGUCUGCACGCCGGCCACGUGCAGCAGCUGCUGGCCCAGGUGGGCUUCCCCCGGCUGGUGUCGCUCACCCUGCCCGCCAAGGCCUUCGACGCUCCCCCUACCAGCACCCCCGCCCCUGACGGCGAGGACCCCCUGCUCACCUCCAUCGCCCGGGAGCUCAGCCGGAUGACGCACCUCACCGAGUUGAGCGUGGCCUUCUCCACGCUGACCGGGAAGCUCCAGAAACUGCUCGGCCCCCUCCGGACUCCGCUGAAAGUGCUGGACCUGGGCAACUGCGACCUGAACCACGCGGACAUGGCCUUCUUGGCGAACUGCGCCCACGCCGCCCACCUGGAGGUGCUGGACCUCAGCGGGCACUGCCUGGUGGACCUGUUCCCCUCGACCUUCUUCCGGCUGCUGGGCCAGGCCGCCCCGACGCUGAGGGCCCUGACCCUGGAGGAGUGCGGCCUCGCGGACCGGCACGUGGGCGCGCUGAUCCUGGCCCUGGGCCCCUGCCGCCGGCUGCGGGAGCUCCGCUUCCUGGGGAACCCAAUGUCGGCCCGCGCGCUCCGGCGCCUCUUCGUGGCUCUCUGUGAGCUCCCCCGGCUGCAGAGCGUGGAGUUCCCGGUGCCCAGGGACUGCUACCCCGAGGGCAGCGCCUACCCCCAGGACGAGCUGGCCAUGUCCAAAUUCGACCAGCAGAAAUACAGCGCGAUCGCAGAGGACCUGCGCGCGGUGCUGCUGCGGGCCGGCCGCGACGACAUCCGGGUCUCCACGCCCCUCUUCGGAAGCUUCGACCCGGACAUUGAAGAAACGAGCAAUGAACUCGGAACGCUCUUGCUGCAAGCCUUCAAAACUGCUCUGGAAAACUUCUCCAGAGCGCUGAAGCAAAUGGAGUAG